GAGAUUGGCGGGGGCGGGGCUGGGGCAAGCGCGGCGCUGGGCGAGCGGCGGCCGUGCGCGGAGCCGAUCCUGCCGUCCCCGACGUCCCGGGCCGCCGCCGCCGCUCCCCCGCCCGCCAUGAGGAAGCGCAACGAGUCGGUCACGGUGGAGCAUGAGCGCGCCGCCGCCGCGCCCGCGCCUCUUGACAAGGGCUGCAGCCUGAGGCACAGCCUGCGCCUGCCCGCCGCCGACACGGGCAUGAAGCGACCGCUCGGCAGGCGCCAUGGGUUAUGGUUCCGAUUGCGGAGGUUGAUAAUCUGGCUGCUGGGAGUGUACAUAGCCAUUCCAUUUCUAGUAAAACUUUGCCCUGCUAUCCAGGCGAAGCUGGUCUUCCUAAACUUUGUGAGGGUCCCCUAUUUCAUUGACUUGAAAAGACCACAAGAUCAAGGUUUAAACCACACCUGUAAUUAUUACCUUCAGCCAGAGGAGGAUGUAACCAUUGGAGUCUGGCAUACGGUCCCUGCAGCCUUAUGGAAGAAUGCCCGUGGGAAGGACCAGUUGUGGUUUGAAGAUGCUUUGGGUUCCAGCCAUCCCGUGAUCCUUUACUUGCACGGCAAUGCGGGAACAAGAGGAGGGGAUCACCGUGUGGAGCUUUAUAAGGUCCUCAGCUCCCUUGGGUACCACGUGGUCACGUUUGAUUAUCGAGGCUGGGGUGAUUCCGUAGGCAGCCCGUCGGAGAGGGGAAUGACCUACGAUGCCCUCCAUGUCUUUGACUGGAUAAAAGCAAGAAGUGGAGACAACCCUGUCUAUAUAUGGGGACACUCCUUGGGCACAGGGGUCGCAACAAAUCUAGUGAGGCGCCUUUGCGAGAGAGAAACGCCCCCGGAAGCCCUGAUACUGGAAUCUCCGUUCACCAACAUACGGGAGGAGGCACGAAGUCAUCCCUUUUCUGUGAUAUACAGAUACUUCCCUGGGUUUGACUGGUUCUUCCUUGACCCCAUCACGACAAGUGGAAUUAAAUUUGCAAAUGAUGAGAAUGUGAAGUACAUUUCCUGCUCCCUGCUCAUCCUUCAUGCUGAGGAUGACCCGGUGGUACCGUUUCAUCUGGGAAAGAAGCUUUACAACAUCGCUGCGACGUCGCGGAGUUUCCGAGACUACAAGGUGCAGUUUGUCCCAUUCCACACAGACCUCGGCUAUCGGCACAAGUACAUCUACAGGAGUCCAGAGCUACCUCGAAUACUGCGGGAAUUCCUGGGAAUACCUGAACAUGAGCAUCAUCACUGAAGACUUGGCAGCACAGAGGUUUUCCUUUCUUUUCUUCCUCUCUCCUCAUUUUCCUCCCCUCUCCCUGUGGGUCAGUCUGCCGUUCUUCCAUCCCUGGCACUAGAGGAGAUCAGGAGUUCCCGCUCUGGUCCUGAUGUGUACCCUUGGCAACUCCAGCUCCCGACAUCAGCACCUGUGAUGGUAGGAGGAUAUGGUUGGCUUCUUUCUUUGAUGUAGAUGGAGGGGUGACGACAACCCAGGAGCUGAUACCAAACAGUGAACAAAGUAAGCACAACAGAGCCUGGCCAAUCCAGAGUGGUACUGCUGAGGACAGACAUACCUUGGCUGUGUCAUGACCAAGGGUGUUUCUUUCACUUUCAAACGCUGCUGCUGGUUUUUGGAUCACGUAGAGACUUAUUUGUUGGCAAAUGGCUUUUGCAGUGUCUCCAUACCACAGUUGUCUUGCUUGAGUUUGAGGUGUUUUCUUUCCAGGAAAUACAUGUUUUGCCUUCCCCUUUUGCUAAGUAGCUGUAAUUACAAAUCCACUGCAGAUCCAGGUGGUGAGAGGUAUUUUUAUUCAGCUCUUCAGUCACUAUGUGUUGCAAGUGUUGGGCUAAUUGCACACAUUAUGGAAAUAAAGAGAAAGCUGGUUUUUUUUU